UAAACGUCUCGGACUAGUUAAUUGCAGAAAAAAAGAUACUUUGUUAAGUUGUUAAAGAUAUUAAUUAAUUAUUACAGUAUGCCAACGAUUGUAAAGAGAUUUAGCGCUGCGACUCGGAGGGUUGUAAGAAAAUAACGUUUUAAACAUUCAUCUAUUAAAACGUUUUGGAUCAAAAGAAAGUAAGUUUGAACACCUACCUUCCACGGUAUAAAUCCGCGGGGGGCUUUCCAGAAGGUCGGUGCAUAUAUCAUUUUUCUUAGCUAGGUUUUAAUUUCUUGACUGAUGAAGAAAGUAAAAAUGGUUAGUAGUUUCGUUUAUAUUUAGAUCGCCAAAAUUUAAAGAUUUGUUGCAUUUCUUACUUUCACUUUCGGUAUGGACGGGUGAUGGGAACUGAACUAUGUUGCUGUGUCGAUUUGUCUUUUGAUUUUAUUAUACUAGAUUUAUAUAUAAUAUAGAAACCAUGGACCAUGGUUAAUUUGCACUGUAAAUGUAAUACUUUCAUAAUUAAAGAUUAUGUAGUCUUGUCAAUUGUGCAAUUAAUUAUAAAAUUAAGCUCCUGUAAUUAUAGUUGUGAACAGCUUAAUAACGUCAUAGGGUCAAUAUUGUUAGUUUUGAGUGCAUAUAAUGACAGGUCCAUUGCAGCUAGUGUCGUGUUAUUUUGUGGUACGCGUUAAAAAGUGCGCCGUGUGCUGCGCUUGCAGGGGAUGCACAAAUGAUUUUAGCUCAGAAAACAAGAAAACACCAUCUAAAAGGGGUACAAUGUACUGAGUCUGACCCUUAAAGUUCUUUUUGAUAUCAUUUAUUUCACAAUCCUGCAAAUUUAUGUGACUUCUACUGACGAGCAACAUAUUGGGUCAUCCAAAAUUGUAAACAUAUACGAUUUUGUGGGUGAACUAGUUUGUCUUGUUCAUAUUUGUGCAGUGGUCAAUCACAGCACUACAGCGUACCAUUUCCCGACAUUACACGGGUCAAGUUUUGAUAUGCCUACCACAUUCUUUAGAAGUCCACUAACUAGUUAAAAAGGUUAGUGGACAACUAUAGGCUGCUCACAGUUCAAGUACUUUACAUUUUCAAACAAAAAAAAAAAGCUUUGUUUUUCAGUUAACGGCAGUACCUGGUGCUUACAAGACACUGAGCUGACACUGACUUGUUUGCUGUGCAGUAUCCAGCAUUUCAUGUUUUUUUUUUCUGGCAUCUCUCUGUGUUUUGGUAUUGGAGGUAGCAGGACUAGUAAAUUCAUUCCUAAAGAGAGCAAGGUGUGUCAGUUAGUAACUGCGAGCGAGGCUGUAAGUUCUGCACGCACUACUGGGUGGGACAAUAAUCCAGCUUCUGAGUCUUCUUUCCUGUAGAAAGAACAGAGUGGCUCUUGAAGAUGAAUCCGACACAGUCUGACAGCCUCGUCCUCAAAGAAGGACCAGCAACGGAUAAAGAGCCCUUGCAGAGGAACACACCUGAGCAGGAUGAAUCGGGAUAUUUUGAACAUUCUUUAAAUGGCAGAGAAGAAACUGAAGAGCAGGUGGAGUGCAGCGUUGGUGAGGCCAAGUGUCCAAUCACCACAGAGAGUGACAGAGAUGUUACCGCAGCCCUGCUGCCCUCAGGGGGAUCUCAGAGCCACCCCUAUGCUGGAAGGGUGUCCGUUAGAGAAACCAACCAACAAGAGGAACAAGAGUCCUGCGUGGAGCAAGGGUCUAGUGACUACGGACAGCCAGCGAGGAAUGAGCCCUGCGUGGAGCAAGGGUCUAAUGACUACGGACAGCCAGCGAGGAAUGAGCCCUGCGUGGAGCAAGGGUCUAAUGACUACGGACAGCCAGCGAGGAAUGAGCCCUGCGUGGAGCAAGGGUCUAAUGACUACGGACAGCCAGCGAGGAAUGAGCCCUGCGUGGAGCAAGGCUCUAGUGACUACGGACAGCCAGCGAGGAAUGAGCCCUGCGUGGAGCAAGGCUCUAGUGACUACGGACAGCCAGCGAGGAAUGUUCACAACAAACUCUUCAGCAGCCUUCUCCCCUCAUCCUCGGCACAUCCCUGGAACCUGGGAACCAGUGCCAGCAAAGACCUUCCACAUUUCAAUAUUCCCAAACCUGAUAUCCAUCUUUCCCAAAGCAGGGAUCCACCUUCCAUCAAAUAUAGUUUACCUUCGCUUCUCAAAAACCCGGAAGACAGUGAUGGUGAAUUGGAGAAUUACCAGCAGUGCCACGAGCCAGGAUCAAUGGAUACAAUGUUUCAAACGACAAGCUUGAACAGCCAGUUUGAGCCAAGUGCUGUGUCACCUUCUGCUCUUUAUGUGCGAGAAUAUGUGAACCCAGCUAAUGUUUCCAAGAUGGGUACAUGUGAACGUGAAUUCCUUGAGGAAAAUACUUACAAGAACCAGAAAAUCAGCCAGUGCUAUGAUUCUGAUGUUAACAAAGAGGAAGAGCCUGAAGAACAACCAAAAGAACUGGAGUCAAAUGAUUCUAUGACAGACGACGGAAAAGAUACGGCCACUUCAGUUCUCAGCCAGGAGACACUUCCAGACAUCCCUGAACUAGAACCCACAGCAACUGAAGAAGUUGUGUCUCGUACAAGUAAACUCUACCAACACCAAAGGGAAUAUUUAACAGCUGAUCUACAUCCAGUCGACACAGAUCAAGAUGAUGGGGUAUAUGAAGAGCAGCCUCCAGACGUCGUUGAGCUGAGCUUAAGUAUUUCAAACCAGUGCAUGGGCCGCGGUGGUGGCAGCGAUGAAGAUUCACAGGCUGGUGAAAAAGCACACCAGGGAGUUGCAGAAGAAGGAAGCAGUGAAGCAGAGGAGGAAGCUGCAGAAGCCCCAAAGAUUGAGGGUGAAAGCAAUGAGAACGUAGCCCCCAGGGCUGACCAAGACGGGCCCCCCUUGCUCCAAGACGUUGGAGGCAGAUUGACAGCCUGGCACUCGGAACGUGGAGUUAGAGAGAGCCAAAGGUUGACCUCUUCUGAGCCCUUCAUCAGGCAAUCCGUUGAAGAUGUUUAUGGGCGAAUCAUCAGGAAGUGUGGGGGCCUUUUCUUGGAUACACUGAGGGAAGUUUACCUGGCGACCUAUUCAAAGGACCAGUGCCGGUUCUACCUGCUGGAUUCUGGACUGGUUCUGUCCGAUGCAAUGGGGGAGAAGCGGUCUGACAAAGUCCUGGUCACCAUGAGAGACAACGUGAAAUUAGCCCUAACUCCAACAAGGUGCAGCGACUAUGAAUAUCCGAUAUAUUUCAUCAAACAACUGGAUGAUAACUGGUUCAGAGCCAUCGACAAGCUUACACAAGAAGUGAUGUUAGUGAAAAGGGUUUUAGUGACUUCUAAUUGGAGGAAAACCCUGGAGAACUUCCUGUUCCUCCAGCCCCGCCCCUUCGUCCUACUUCCUUAUGCUGUUGUAUACGACAGGAAGGGAUUCAUCUACUAUAUCAUGCAGGAUCGGGACAUUAAAGACUUUGGAAUGCAGCUUACAGAUAGCUCCUUGAACAGAAAUGAUGUCUUUAAGAAGAGCCUGCAGUUCCUCAGGUUCUGUAAGGAAUACCACCUUCAGCCACAGGAUCUCAACAGCAGCAUUCUCCAUACAUCCCAGGGUGUGUACUUUGACCCCACGACCCUUGGAAAUAUGGAGGACAUGUGUUUGUUUAAAAAGACCCUGAGAGAGGCUGUCAGAGGAGUUUUUCAGGACCCUGCGCUGGAGGAGUGUGUCUGUGAGCGGGUGUGGAGGAGUGUGGAGGGGGAGGAGGUGGACUGCAGUCCAGCAGGCUUCUGACCUCUCUAACCACUGUGCAACAGGACAAUCACACGCCUGGGAAAGCUUUAACAAAUGAAAGCAGCAGUGGACUCUAAAACUGGGUGCUGUGCUUUCCUAACAUAUACCCUUAGAAAAAAAUACUAUAUACUUAAGCAGUAUUCUUACCAUGGACUGCAGAACAAGGGGUUAAUGUGAACAGGCAGGCCAUUGCUACUGUAACAAUAGCAGAAGAUUCUACCUAUUCAGAAUGAGGGGUUAAUGUGAACAGGCAGUCCAUUGCUACUGUAACAAUAGCAGAACAUUCUACCUAUUCAGAAUGAGGGGUUAAUGUGAACAGGCAGUCCAUUGCUACUGUAACAAUAGCAGAAGAUUCUACUACUCUGAUAUUCUUAAUUCUGCUCAGUUUAUUAGGGAUAUAUGAAAGCAGGGGUUGCUGUUUAUUUUGCUUUUGACCAGCAGGUGGAGUUAUAGAGAUCAGACUGACUGGGCUGAAGUUUUUAUUCUGGUAUUUGAGGAUUGUUACAUUCAUCCAGCGUUGCUCUCUAUACAUUGUUGGUACUUAAAUCAGAGAAGUAAUGAGCAACACCUCAGUGACAGUAAUUGCUUUUCCAUUCAUUUACAGUAUUAAUGGGAAUACAGUCACCAGGGAUGUGCCUCCUUUUAGUAUCAUAGUUUUUGAUAAGGUUUCCCUGUACCUGUAGUAAAAUAAUUUGUACUUACAUUUUUUAAGUUAGUUUUGAAAUAUGAAAAUAAAGUUAUUAAGCUUCUUUUAUUAUUAAAUUAAACAUUUUAGCAUACAAAAAGCUGUUCUUCUUUCCUUCAGGUAAGGCCCAGGCCAUGCUAGUAAAUUUGGAUUAGGUGGCAAAUUCACUGCAUUCUUGAUUCAAGUCAUGUUUCACAAGCUAUGCUGUAGUAUUGUCACUUGGGAAGGUCAAUGGGCUUGUUGUUGAGAGCCUCAGUGCCAGUAAAACUCUGUGUCUCCAAUGUCCCUGUCACAGGACCCAAGAUAACUGGGUAAAGAUGGAAAUAUAAUUCAAUAAAAAUUACUGUCAACCCAUCCAUGAUUAAUAACUCUGCCGUCUGUGUCUGCCUUCUGUGCUGCCCUAUAGGUCAGAUAUUACCAGAAUAUACAAUAUUUUUGUAAAAUGAUAAUUAAAUGAGACAGCAUAGUAAAAUGGCCUAACUUAAUUUUCUUAGUCAAAUUCAAAGUGUUUGAUUCAGUUCAGUUUUGCUCAAUGG